UCACUCUGGUUCAUCCUUCCAGAUGGCUCUGCCCACCCAAGCAACCCAGACUGUGAAGAGUCCCGGGAAAGCAGCAGUAGCGGCGGCUCCGAGCCAGAGCCUUCUGGCCGUCAGCUCUUCUGCCUAGAAUAUGAGGCGGACAGCGGCGAGGUCACAUCUGUUAUCGUGUAUCAGGACGAUGAUCCAGGAAGGGUGAGCCAGGAGGUGUCGGCACACACGCCUCUGGAUCCACCCAUGCAAGAGGCCCUCAAGUUGCGCAUCAAGGAGGAGAUUGCAAAGCGCCAGAGCCGAGACUGACGGGGCCGAAAGCAUUCCCUCCAGGCUGUGGUCGCUGCCCAGGGAGCUCCCUAGUUUGGGGGUGCCAGGACCAGUCUGGGCUGAAAUUGACACACAAACACACCCCAGAGCUGCUAGAAAAGGGUGCUGCAGGGACAAUGCCUGGCCACCUUCCUUGUAUGUUGGCCCAUUGACCAGCCUGAUUGGGAACUUUUGAGAAUUUUGUUUGGCUAGCUUGGUGUUCUAGAAGCAGAGACGCCAGGGAGAGCCAAGUUUUAUGAGCCUUAUGCCAACAUGCUGCUUUCUCACCGAGUUCAUAUGCCCUGGGAUGGCUGGCCACUGCUGCUCCACCCAGCUCCGUGAACCACGUUAUUUUAGGGUUCCUUCCCACCGUGCUUCUGCUCAUGUUCAUUCAUGUUUUCUUAGGUCUUUU